CUCCUCCAACCUGCAGGGAGCAAUGUCUGCUGGCCACCACUUUCAUGGCAUGUUUCGGCAAAAUAGUUUGCCGCGUGUGGAUCUGUCGGCUGCUCCUGACAGAAUGGGCCCAGGAGCACCAAAUGCCAAGCAGUUCUUCCUUGGCGGCUUCUGGGCAGAAGGCUUUCCCCGUCAGACGCUCGUAGCCCAAAAUUCUUGGAGCACCUGGGCACCUUGUGGCCAUGACAUGGGUCGCAGGCGUUGGACCCAGCCUGUACACGGCUCCCAUCGGGAAGUGGCCCCUACUGUCGGCCGAGCCUCAUUGCCAGCACAAAGCCCCCAGUUUCACAACCAACACUACGCCGCUUCGUACGUUACGGUUGCGACCCCAAGAGCCUUGGGAUACCAAGUCUCUGCCCCACAAGUGGCACGUGCAGGUUCAGCUGCACGUUCGGCCUCUGUUGGGGCCCUGCGGCCUUUGGGCUCGGAGCUUUCUCACCCUGGAGGCCCUGGCCGACCAGCAGGAGUGUCCCACUUUGCCAUCCCGGGAAGGGCGCAGAAUGCCGCUGCUGUGUCAACAUUGAGUGCAGGUCUCCUGACCGAGAGGAUGGACAGAAUGCCAUCGCAGAGUUGGCAGCCCUGCGAGGGGCCGCGUCUAAAUUCAGAAUCUCUUACAAGAGGCACAUUUGAAUUGCAUGAGGACCCGGCCCAAGAAGCCAACUCCCAACCUGAAGCUAUAGUUCAAAAUUGCCACGGAGAGCCAGUUGACUCAACGCUUGUAGUUCCUACUGCCGCUCAGCCAGGGAGCCCCUAUAGGCCUGCAGGCAAGCCUCAACAGAGCUCGGCUACUGGACCAAAGACACAGUUCGGACUCUUGACACCACCGUCUCAGAGAUCCUUAAGAAAGUCACCCAGCAGCGUGCGGUCACCAACCUCCAGCGUUGCGUUCCCGGGUUCUUUUGUUCUUCGCCAGUCAACUCCACCAGAAUCGCAAGAGGCGAAGGUUGACGCACAGGAGCAGGGAUCCAAAGGGCACAUAUCGAGUUGCCACGCGAAGAACGGCCACGUUCCUUCAGAGCCACGUCCUUGGCCUAACAGCAUCCCAGACGAGAUCGGCGACUCCAAGCUCUCGCCUGUUCCACUGAGCCCAUCAUCAUCAGCCUUUGCAUCUUUUUCUCCAGGUGACAUUGAUUUUGGCCGAAAAGAUUUGGCAAAAUCUGCAGAGGUGAUGAGAGCUGAUGCUGAGACACAGACGACACCUCCCAGCGCAGAGAGGACUCCGAGUAGAAAAAAUCGUCCCAUGGCUCCUCGGGCUCCUCGCAUGUUGCAAGAUGCGCUUUGGAGCAAAAGUGGGAACCUCCCGGCGUGCGUCAGUGCGCUGGCCAUGCGAGAUGAGCUCGAGGAUAGUAUUUCAAAUCGCUGCUGUCUUCGAAAACUUGAGAUGCGAAUUGCCCCGUGCUGGCGAAAUGAUGACAGCUUGCGGGAGAGUGAUCAUAGUAGCCUUCAGGUAUCCUCUACACAAUCACCUUCAACAGAGGGACAUGAGCAGGCAAACCGCCCAACUCCCUUGGACUCCUUCUCUUCCCUGUCAUCUCCUUUGGAUCACUCCAGCGUCCUGAAGGAUGUUGAGAACAUCAGCCCAGUUGCAGACAAAAUCACGCGUAGAGAUGUGGAGAAGUUGCCUAUGGACGAGCUCAGAAAGCGAGCCAACACUUUGACACAAAAACUGGAGCGACGAGAGCAGCAAUGCAUGGCCUUGCGUGAAGCCUUGCAGAACUGCAAAAACAGGUGGCAUGCACUAUGCCCACAGUGAAGCUGCAGCCGCUAAGCCUUUCUUGGCUUUUUCAGUUUCUUUGGGCUCAUUUUCAGGUCGGCUUCUCAGAGAUGCUGUCGAGAACUAUGCUCUGUGAAUCGUUGGCUAUAGAGGUGACCGUGAAAAGAGUAGGUCGAACUUCUGCUGGCAGAUUCACUGUCAGCAAAUUUGGAUGCAAAGUUUUUUGAAGCGCUGUAGGCAAUUUGGCUGGUGUGUGUGCAUCAGGGGUAGAUGUCGAGGGUAGGCAUCUUACGAGUCAGCUGCCCCUUGCGAAGUAGCAUGGGAAGCAACGGCCAUAAUUCAGGUGGUUAUACAGCUGGGCCACCAACCCACUGGCUUCGCAGAAAAAUGAAUGCAUCCGGCAUGAAUGUCCCAAGAAGCUUCAACUCUGCCCAGGCUGUCGCUCCCGACAAGUAACAGAACGACCAAAUGCAAAACA